AUAAAUUACAUUCGGAUGUGGGGUCAUCGCUGGCCCGAUUGAAGGCCGUUCGUUCCACACACUCCCUCCUCCUCCAAAAAAAGAAAAAAAAAAGAAAAAGAAAAAUCCAAAACCAGAGCCAAGUGCAAAGAGGCGAAAUUUGUAUCAAAGCUCGUUGAUCAAACUUACCAAUCACAUCACAGUCAAAUGACGACAAUUGCAGAAGAAUCAUCGCCAUCAGAGGAGAAGCCAAGCCCACCGGCACCUAGCCAUUUCCCUGAGGCUGAGAUGAUUAAAUACAAAACCCUAGAAGAAGUCACUCCGUGGAUCGAUUACGCAAUUCAACAAGCUCUUACUUACCAGAAGACAAUAGAAGAGGCGGUCGAUGACGCCACUAAAGCCCUUAGAUCUCGCUUCUCUGAAAUUCGUUCCACUUCUUCUGCUCACUUCAAUCAAACAAUGGAUUCUUUGCAAGAUGUGAAGUCUGAGCUCGGUGCUUAUGAGGAUACCUUAUUCGGAAAGGUGAAAGACGGUGUUAACGUUGCAGCUUCGCAUCCACUGAUCACAGGCGGUGUUGCUGUUGGCUUAGGAUUCGUGCUAUUUAAAAGGCCGAGACGCUUUUUGUACUACAAUACCUUGCGUUUAUUUGUCAGUGAAGAGGCCUUACUUUCCAAAGCAGAUGCUAAAGUAAAGGAAUUGCAGCAGUCAAUCAGCCUCCUGAGGGCUGAAAGCGAGAAGUUAGAGAAGAGGGCAUCUUCAGCUGAAGGGGAGUUGAUCCGCGGAAGAACAAAACUCAGGCAAGCAGGAAAGCAGAUUUGUGGUGUUAUUACCUCAACUUAUAAGAUUGAAAGACAAGCAGCAGGCUUGAAGGAUAUCAUUCGGGAACUGCCAAGCCGAGAAGCAUCCAGAUUCCGGUCUCAAGUUUCCAGCCUUGCUACUGAGGCAAAGCGAGAAAGGAAUGCCUUGACUAAGGAGGUUACAAAAAUUAGUAACUAUGGCAUCUCAGUCUGAGAAGGCAAUGUGCUUAUGCCCACUUGUUCCAUGGGUGCUGGAGAUUUCAAAUAACAGUGCAAAUCUAACAUGUAAAGAUGGCUUCUUUUCUCAGAGUUCCAAGUUUUGGUUUUGUGUUCUGUCAGAAGCAAACGCAAGUGCACUAUUAGAUUAUACUUGUUCACCAGCGAAGAAUUAUUCGAUUAUACAUUUAGUGAAUAAUUGUGGUUACGAAACGCUCACAUUGAUAUUUUUAACAGUGGAACUGCUUAUAUCAGAUAAUGCUAACUCGCUAAGCAGAUAUUCCUGUGGUA